GGCGAAACAGGUCAUCUCAUGUUUCAUCCUCUCAAGAGGCUUUGACGCGCCCCAACCAAGAGCGCCGGACCCGCGCCGCUAGGCAACAGAAACAAAUGUAUGAAUCUAUGCUCUAUAAGAGAACUGGUAACUUAAGCGAUCCGCACAAAGUCCAAAACGACAGCAUCAAGUCCGCACCUCCCAUCGUCUGUCAUCAUUGACAUUUGGUUUUUCGAGUCCUUGACUCCUUCUUUCCGCCAGGCCCAGAACAAGCAGCCCCAACCUCAAAAAAGCAGCAUCAUGUCUAGCCAAGGUGCAGGAAGCACAGGAAGUGCGAGAAGUGCAGCUCGCCCAGCAAAGGGCAAGGCGGCGGCGGCGACGUCGACGUCCGGCCCGACCUCGGCCCAGCACGAUGACAUGAAGGACCCGGAAUACGAAGAAGCCCAAUCAAAGAAGGAGUUUUACUGGCAGGAGCACUGGCAGAAGUCGCUGCCCAACGCCGAGAAGGAGCCGUCGGUUGUGCUGGUCUUCAACAAGUCGCCUGAUGCCAUCGCAACGGACAUCAAGAAGAUGGCGGGCCCGAACACAAAGAUCACCACCGUCGACCGCAUCCUGGGAAUCUACGACGAUAUCGAGGAGGGGAAGAGCCUGGGCACUGUCCAGGCGGGCCUUGUACCUAUCGGGCUGUACGGAAGUAUCAGCGACAAAUAUGAGGUUGAGACCAUCACCGUCAAGUUCGGCAACCAGAAGCGCAUGGCCUAUAUUCCAGUGAAGGCCCGCAAAGCAGUGAAGCAGCAGGGUUUCGAUUGAAGACGGCAAGGGUAGGGGGAAUAAUGUACCGAUCUUUCCGAUGAAAUGGACCCUUUUCUCACUCAACUGUUCUGUUCUGUCCCCGCAAUUCAUAGUGGCCUCAUCCUGGCAGUUCACAUUGGCUGAACUAUAUACCGAUUCCUUAACCAUGUGCGUCUAGAGAAGUGGGAUACACUACCUAGCUACCUUAUGGGCUGAUGCAAAAGGCGGUACGCGGCUACCGGCCCGUGCAUAGCAGCUGUAAGAUGUUAACUAAGCCCUGGCAUCUCUCGCUGGAUCCCAUUAAGUGCCAACAACCGGGACCAGAUCUCUGUUGUUCCCAGUUCAUGGAUAGAGUUCCUUACACUUCGCUCGAAAUCUUCUCAAGCAGACAAUGACAGACCAUAUGCAGCUGUC